UUGAUUUUCAUAAAUGGAGUCAGAUCUUUUAGUUACUGUAGAAUAUUAGAGCAGUUUUUCUACCUUUCCCACAGAAGUAAUAUAAACAAAUCCUUUGUUUUUCAUUCUUUGUCCUUUGUUUGCAUAUUUCUAACCUGAAAACAAUUGUAACUGACAAUUCGUCUGGCCACUGAGGCUGAGGGGUGGAAACCCCAAAAAGCCAAUCUUCUGCUAGACCCACAAAUGUAUAAAAGUAAAAGAAUAAACAAAGGGGUCUCUUCUCUCCGCCCUUUCAGCUGGAAGCUGGAUCAGAAGAACCUCUGCAGAAAUCUCUUGUCUUCGUGUGAUUUCUUUGUGUUUCACGGUGACAAUCCUGGUGUCCUGGUUGGUGUGGUCCUGCGCUACGGCAUCCAUGUCCCCAGCAAUGUCAACAAUGUCACCCUGAGCUGCCAAGUGCAGACCAGCCCGGCCACGCUGCUGGUGAACGUCAGCGGGAAGUUCUACGAGUACACCCUGAAGGGGGAAAUCAGUGCCCAGGAGCUCAACAAUGUCCAGGAUAAUGAGAUGCUGAGAAAGGUGACUUUUGAUCCUGAAGUAUUCUUCAACAUUUUGCUUCCUCCCAUUAUAUUUUAUGCAGGUUACAGCUUGAAAAGGAGGCACUUCUUCAGAAACUUGGGAUCCAUCCUGGCAUAUGCUUUCCUCGGCACUGCCAUUUCCUGCCUGGUAAUUGGCUCUGUUGUGUAUGGCUGCGUGGUGCUGAUGAAAGUCACUGGGCAGCUUGGGGGAGAUUUCUACUUCACUGACUGCCUCCUGUUCGGGGCCAUCGUGUCGGCCACUGACCCAGUGACUGUCCUUGCCAUAUUCCAUGAACUCCAGGUCGAUGUUGAGCUGUAUGCCCUUCUCUUUGGUGAAAGCGUCCUCAACGAUGCCGUUGCCAUAGUGCUGUCUUCCUCAAUAGUUGCGUAUCAGCCAGCGGGUGACAACAGCCACACGUUUGAUGUGACAGCAAUGUUCAAGUCCAUCGGGAUCUUCCUGGGGAUAUUCAGUGGAUCUUUUGCAAUGGGAGCAGCUACUGGAGUUGUGACAGCUUUAGUCACCAAGUUCACCAAACUUCAGGAGUUCCCGUUGCUGGAGACCGGCUUGUUCUUCUUGAUGUCCUGGAGCACAUUCCUGCUGGCUGAAGCGUGUGGCUUUACAGGUGUGGUGGCUGUGCUCUUCUGUGGGAUCACACAGGCCCAUUAUACCUAUAACAACUUAUCUACAGAGUCCCAAUACAGAACUAAGCAGUUGUUUGAGCUUCUCAAUUUCUUGGCAGAAAACUUCAUCUUCUCCUACAUGGGACUUGCACUGUUCACCUUCCAGAACCAUGUCUUUAACCCUACCUUUGUGGUGGGGGCCUUUCUUGCUAUCUUCCUAGGAAGAGCUGCCAAUAUUUACCCAUUGUCAUUUUUACUGAAUUUGGGGAGAAGAAAUAAGAUUGGAAUGAAUUUGCAGCACAUGAUGAUGUUUGCUGGGCUGCGUGGAGCCAUGGCCUUCGCCCUGGCCAUCCGUGACACAGCCACAUAUGCCCGGCAGAUGAUGUUCAGCACCACCCUGCUCAUCGUCUUCUUCACGGUGUGGGUGUUCGGUGGGGGCACCACAGCCAUGCUGUCCUGCCUCAACAUCUGGGUCGGUGUGGAUGCGGAUCAGGAGAAUGUGGGUGUUCCAGAGAAUGAGAGGAGGAGCACGAAGGCUGAAAGCGCUUGGGUUUUCCGCAUGUGGUACAACUUCGACCACAACUAUCUAAAGCCUCUCUUGACACACAGUGGUCCCCCGCUGACCACCACACUCCCAGGGUGCUGUGGGCCUGUUGCCCGGUGCCUGACGAGCCCGCAGGCGUAUGAGAAUCAAGAGCAGCUGAAGGACGAUGACUCCGACCUCAUUCUGAAUGAUGGGGACAUCAGCCUGACGUACGGGGACUCCACGGUGAACACUGACUCGGUGGCAUCCAGUGGCACGUCCCAGCGGUUCAUGGGGAACAGCUUGGAGGAUGCCCUGGACCGGGAGCUGGCUUUUGGGGACCAUGAACUUGUGAUCCGGGGAACACGCCUGGUCCUGCCCAUGGAUGAUUCGGAGCCCCCGUCAAACGUCCUGGAUAACGCAAGACAUGGUCCAGCAUAAGGUUGCUCGGUUUUAUUGACAGUAAUAUUUGCAUAUAUGAUCAAGAAGUAUGUACUACCUAAAGUCUAAUGCAUGUCUCAAAAUGUCUAAGCUGUAUAAAUAUUAUUUAUAUGGUGUCAAAAGAAUAUAAAUAUUCUCUGCCAAGCACUUCUAAAGAGCAAGCUGCAAAUUUAAGUUAAAAACUGUUGAUUGCACUAUGUAGGGUGGAAUUGUUUUAGCAUAAGUCUUUUGCACAUAGUGAGCUUUGUUAAUGUGAUUUGAUGAAGGGUUUAGUUCCCAGCGGGUGAGUAAAGGAGCUGUGACUCCCUGUUCAUCCUUUGAACCUGGGAGAGGAGGGUAGGGAGUUGCUGGUGAACAGUGGAAAUUGCUUUCUAGUCCGAUGAGGAUUGUUGAGUUUCUUUUGGUCUUUGAUCUUUGGAUAGUCACAUUUGAAAUAUCAGCAGAAAAUCUGCCCACAGACCCUCUCACCAGGCAGUGGAUGGUGAUAAACUUGUUUCACUGUGGGAACCUGGAGACUUUCUGCUUUUUAGUGACCCUCUGCCCAAGCCCUGCUUUAGUAGACUCAUGGCAGACCCCAGCCAAAGCUGACAGCAAGGGCUGCGAGUGUCCGGCUGCUUGGAUGGGAGCAGGAGAGAAAGAUGGUUGGUGUCUGUAGUUGUGUUCAGGAGAAGGAGGCAAUCCUACAGAAACUACACCAGGCAUGCACAGAUUUUAGGUCUGAGUCCAUCUUUCAGCUGUGGCUCGAGCAGCUUUCUAGAACCAGACAUCAAAUUCUCUUUUGGCAACUAAAUUUCACAUUUGGGAAGUGGCCGUGUCUUUGCGUGGGUGAAUCCCUGUCCUGCAGUCACAGAUGUAGCCAAGGUAUGCAGAGCUGCUGCAGCUGCACAUGGGGUUGUGGAGCCCAGCCAACCUCAAACUCGAGCUUUAGGGCUGCAGAUCCACACGGUACCUCCGGAGCUCUCCAGAGGCAUCAAGCUGGUACUGAAGGGGAGCUGUCUGUCCGUUCUCCUACAGAGUCAGAAACCAUUGCACUUUGGUCAUUCCUUAGCAUGCUGUGUGUCUGCAGUCCCCACCCGACCUUUCUUGUGUCUCAUCAUAUAAUGAGAAAUGUUUGCGAGUUGAUUUUUGGUUUUAAUUUACGUUUUUAUUUUUCAAGGAAGAGAACAGAACAAUUUGCGAUUUCACAGUACUGUUAAAGGAUUUAUUCUGUAGUUAUGGGAAUGGCUAAAGGUGCAGUGAAACUGUUAACCCUGAUAUCUUUUUUCUCCUGGAAAGAGGGAAUCGUGGAAAUUUACUGUACGUAAUUUUAUUGUCUAUUUUAUCUACAGUUUUGCUAUACAAACCUUUCAGGGUUACUGGUGCACUAAAGGUCCAUUCUGGAGUUAACCCUCCCCAGAGGGCUUAAAUAGAGGUAUUUAAAAUGAAAAUACAUGAAAAAGAGCCAGGUGAGUCUGAGCACUCACAGCUCCCAUUAGCUGUCUUUGGAACAAACUCUGCAUCUCUCAGGAUCUGACCCUGAGACCUCAGAGCAGUGUCCCCACAGCUGUUUUCCCCAGCACCACCUGAGAGUUGGAGGAGACAGAAAAUCCUGACGUUUCAAGUGUAUAUGUAUAGUUGAGAAAAUAAAUCCACAUGGUUGUUUUUUGUUUUUUUUUUAAUUUUCUCAGGUCUAAGUAAUAUUGCCUUAAAUUUAUGGAUGUGAAACGAUAAUUAUUUUGGCAGUUUAUCCCCAAGAAAAUGCUUUUUUUUCCUUCUGAACAAAAUGUGUAAGUGUUGCCAUAGGACUUCCCUAGAAAGGGGGGGUAAUGAUCUGUUUAUAUUUGGGUAUAUUUGGGGCAUCGUCCUUGCACCUGUAAAUGGCAUCCUGCUGUUAACAAAGUUGGAUUAGCAAUGGCCUUUGUUUCCUACUAUGCAGGAAUUCCAUAAAGUGAGUGUGCAUUUUUUAUGUCUGUAACUUAACUUCAUGUGUUUAAAAAAACAAAAACAAAAAAAAAAAAAAGGAGGAAAAAAAAAAAGUAGGAACCUGUUGAUUUUAGGUUUACUGCAUCACUUCUGCAUCCUGGUUUUUGUUCGUUCUGCCUUUUUGAAGAGGUAUGAUAAAUAACUACCUCUUGUUUUUUCUUGUAUAGCCUGACUAUGAAUUCAAUUUACAGAGUUGGUGCAGCUGGAGGUGCAGGACAGUUCUGCUACCCCAGGGCUCCCUCCCAGGCAUUCCCAGCUGAGAUGCAAAUUUGCUGCUAGGUGGCUACCAGCUGAUGUUUUCCUAUGGCUGUGGUAGCAUUCCUCUCUUCCUCUGACCCUUUGACUUCAGUAAUUUAUCCACUCACUGUAAACUUGCCAACGCAUUACUCAUAAGCCUCAACUUUUACACCAAUAACAGUUCAGUUAGUACAUGAAAGGAAAAAAAGUUAACCAAUGAUGAUUUUAUGGGUUACGUUAUGAUCCAUAUAUAAUAUAAUAUAACCAGGACUGUUUCAAAUAGCCUUAGUCAAUUAAUUAAUCUAAGCUUAAAUUCAUGAGUGAUUUCAUAAAUGAAUGGGAUUUGUCCUCAGCUGAUUAUUUUCUGUGCUGGGCUGCAGCAGAGCACACAGGAAUGCCUGAUGUGCAGAGGCAGAGCCCUGAUGCUUUGUGCUGCAGAUGGAGUUAAGGGUACCUUGGAGAAUCAGGGCCUGAGACCUUUGCCAAAUAGAUAAGACAGCCCUGAGGAGGCACUUUACAGUCCCCACAAAGAUUUAGAGAAGGUGCUCUUCUUCUGUAAAUUGAAUUUUCAUGGUUUUUGCACAUGAAAAAGCAUUGUAGGUAAAGUUAUGAUUUGUACUGGUACUGUCGAUUUGUGUGGCAAUGGCAUUAACCCCAUAGCUAUGGUGUUUGUGCAGCUGAUCUGUGAUAGCUGAUGAUCACUAUUGGACCUUCUGUUUACACUGACUAAAUCCUUUACUGUUGCAUUGUACUGUGAAAGAAGGAUUAUGGGCCUAUAAAAGUUUUUUUUUUUUUUUUUGGAAUUGUGUGUACUGUUUCAUUAAUUCACAUGGAAAUAAAUCUGUAGCAAAGUGACAACGUGC